GGCACAUCAGGGUGAAUUUUGUUCAGUUUUAGUUUUUGCAGACGCGCAUUUCGCUUUAAAUAAAAUUAAAACGUGUUCUUGUAUAAUUUCAAGAACAUGGAUCCAACAAAAAUAUUAAUGGAUGCUGGCCGCAUAUUAAAAAUAAAUAAUUCGUUUUUUACGACGAGGUCUAAACCAGAGGACAUCAAAUUGAAAACUGAUGAUGGACAAGUAAUAAAUUGUUUUAUUCCUGCUGUUUUAUAUAUUGGACAAGCUUCUUGUAGAAAUGGAUUUAUUGGCAGCACUAAAGAAGAACAAGCUAGUGUAUACCAGUGGUUAGAAUACUGCCUUUUAAAAAGCCAAAGUCCAAGCAAUGAGAUAUUGAAGGAGUUGAAUGCAUUUUUACAAGAUAAAGUUUAUUUUGUUGGAAACAAGUUUACUGUAGUUGAUCUUAUCAUGUAUCUUAGUCUUCAGGAAAUUUAUUCCAAGAUGACAUUCCAGGACAAAGAAUUAUAUUCUAAUCUAUCCAGGUGGUUUAGACUGGUUCAGAAUGAUGCAUGUUUACAAAAGUUGUAUCCAAAGAUUUGUUUUGCGAAAACGAAGUUGUAUUCUUAAGUUUUUCAAAAUUUUCGUAAAAACUAUUUAUUAAGUCUCAAUUGUGUUAUUAAAGUCAUUUUUUUUAUACUUCAA